AUGGAGUCUGCGACUUCCACUGCCUCGGUGAGGGCGAGCGCCAGCACUUCCCUGGCCUCCUCCCAUACAUCUUCCUCUACAGAAUUCUCCUCUUUGGUUUCGAGCACUGGUUCAUUGACCUCCACGGCUACCACCAGUGACGCAUCUUCCACCGCCUCCUCUACCGACACCUCCCUUCUAUCCCCUUCCUCCCUCUCUUCUCUCGCCAAAUUACUCCCCACCUACCUCGCUAUCGGCGGUUCCAUCCUAGGGCUCGUGAUUGUCGUUUGUCUUGUCUCUUGGCUCUUUAACAAAAAGAGGAGGCAGUCGAGGUUCAAAUCGCGUUUUGGAGACGACGAAGAUGAGGAGUUGGAGAAGAACUGGAAAGAGAGAAGGCUUAUGUGGGGCGAAGUAAAGAAGGGGGAGAGGAUAUGGGAUCCGGAGACAGGGAUGGGGAUCGUGGUGGAUGAUGAGGACCUCGAAGCCACGAGAAGGAAGAAGCAUAGGAUCACUCUAGAUGAUGCGAGAAUUACGGGUGAGGAGGGGCACGAGCCGCAAGGCAGUGUAUACGAAGCAUACCCGCCUUCACCACCUGUCACGUCGCGCCCGACCAUGCGCCUUCUCUCAACCUCCUCUUCUCCCUCAUCUGAGAUUGACAUAUCUGAAGCAAGAGGUCAUUUCCCAACUUCCAUCGAGGUUCAGAGCAUACAUAGCUAUGUCUACAACACGCCAGAACCAAGCCCAUCCGCUAGUCCGGUGCUGGGGCCUGUAACGGAUAGAGAGGAAGAAGAAGGGCUUAUAAAGCACAGGCGGUAA